GCAAAUUAAUACAGCGAUCAUGAAUAGAGGAGCAAACUCACUUUCCCUCCCUAAUGAUCUCAUUCCUGAGAUACUCUCGCGAUUGCCUGCAAAGUCAAUAAGGAGGUUUCGCUGCGUGUCGAAGUUAUGGGCGUCCAUUAUUUGCCGUCAAGAUUUCACUGAGUUGUUCCAUACCAGAUCCUCAUCUAAUCCACGUCUCUUAAUUGGGGUCGAACAAGACGGUGAGUGGAGCUUCUUCUCUUCUCCUCAGCCUCAGAGUCAUUAUGAGAAGUCAUCUCUUGUAAUAGCCGACAGUUUUCAUAUGAAGUUCACGAAAGACAUGUAUCCCUACUAUUGUAAAUAUGUUUCUGGUUUGACUUAUUUCCCUAAUACGCGAAUCUCAAAGGAUGGGGGAACAAAAAAAAUGUGGAGCCCAAAGGAUGGAGACUAUAAAGUUCGUGUGAUAUGUAACCCUAGCACGGGACAAUAUGCGAUCUUACCACCUGACCUCAACAAAAACUUCGAUGGUUUUUUAGGGUUCGAUCCCAUUGGCAAGCAAUUCAAGGUUUUGGUCUUGAGCAAUAGAGUUUCUGAUGAAUUGAGUUUUGAUAUUCUGACAUUAGGAACUGAAAAUAUGAGGUGGAGGAAUAUCCAGUGUCCUUUACCCCAUUAUCCUCAUUUUUGGAGUGGAGAGAUAUGCAUCAAUGGUGUUUUGUAUUAUUUAACUCAAUCACCUGUUGACAUCUAUGAUGUGGUAGUUUGCUUUGAUGUUAGGUCUGAGAAAUUUAGGUAUCUAAAUCUAAACUCAGACUGCCCUAGUAGAUCUUGGGCUACUAAAUUGAUAAACUAUAAGGGUAAAUUAGGUGUGAUUAAUUUCGAAGAUGAUUAUGAUGGUGGAUUUCCCCUUAAGUUAUGUAUGUGGGUUGUAACAGAUGUCGUGAAACAUGAAUGGACGGCAUAUGCCUACACUUUGAGGGCUGAGAAUAAAGUCAAUCGAAUCGACUUUAUUUCUAUUGUUGGUGUGACUGCUUCAGGUGAAAUUGUUUUGGCGAACAAUAUUGCAUCUAAACCGUUAUAUGUUUUCUACUUUAAUCCUGAAAGGAACACUCUCCAAAGUGUUGAAAUCGAAGGUGUUAGAGUAGAAAAAAAAUCAGUACUUUACUACUACUUUGUAGAUCAUGUCGAGGACCUUAGGUUUGAUGUUAUGAAGACAACAUAUGCUGCAACAUCUAUAAGUGAACCAGAACAGAGCACAUCAACAUAAUUAAUCUACGGAAGAAGAUCAUCAAGUGAGGAACGUGGUUCACCUGGAACAAGAUCGUUAAACGCUUGAGAGCGUUGACAAAUUUGAUGCUUCGUGUCUUUUAGAAUAUGAUUAAAAUUUAAAGGUGUCAAAACCUGA